AUGACGCCUCGCCAGGCUGCCUCUGCUGGCGACUCCUCCUCUCAACCCUUCGUCACCGCCUCGGGCGGCCAGAUGUGGCGUAGUGGCAGGCCGUACCGCUUCGUCGGCGCCAAUUUCUGGUACGGCCUCCUGCUCGACGCAGGCCGGCUUGAGCGCGAACUGGACCGGCUCGCUGUGCUCAGUGUCACCAAUCUGCGCGUGCUGGGAGCCAUCGAGGAGCUUCCGCCGCCGUCGGCGCACGCGCAGCCUGCGGUGCAGCCGCGGCCGGGCGAGUUCGACGAGGCGCUCCUCGCCGGCCUGGACCGGCUGCUUUGCGGCGCGCGAGAUCGUGGCAUGACCGUGGUGCUGGUCCUCAACAACAUGUGGCAGUGGUCGGGCGGGUUCGCGUCGUACGUGCACUGGGCGCCGCCUCCGAUGAGGAGCGGCGCGAGCGACGAGGAGUGGCAGGCGCACCAGGCAUACGCGACGCGCUUCUACUCGACGCCCGCCGCCCGCGCGCUCUACUACAGGUACGUCCGCAUGCUCGCCUCGCGCCUCAACUCGUGCUCCGGGCGGCGGUACGCCGACGACCCGACCAUCCUGGCGUGGGAGCUCGCAAAUGAGGCGAGAUGCGAGGCCUUCGCCGCCGUCAAGGCGCACCGCGCCACCUCCUGGACAGCGAGGCCUCUCGCCGCCGUCGAGGCGUACCGCGCGUGGGUCGAGGAGGCAGCCGCGGUCGUACGCUCCGCCGCGCCUUCACACCUCGUGGCGCUCGGAUCGGAGGGGCCCACGCCGUGGCCGCGGUACGUGCGGACUGACCUCCGCGCUGACCACGCAGCGGUCGACUACGUGGCGGUCCACCUCUGGCCGCAGAAUUGGCUCUGGUACGACCCGCGCCUUUCUGCGGCCUACCUCGAGGCGGCGCGGAGCGCGGCGGCGGUGCUCGGCAAGCCGCUGGUGGUGGAGGAGUUCGGGCUGGCGAGGGAGGGCGAGCAGGCGACACCUCGCGAUACAGCCGAGAGGCGGCCGACCUCUGGCACCGCCUCGCGCGACGCCUAUUACCGGUGGGUCUGCAACACCUCGGCGGCGCUGCCCGCCGCCGGCGUCAACUUUUGGGCGUGGGGCGGCGAGGGGCGGCCGGGCAGCGCAGAGGCGGCGGCGUCCGCGCUAGUCCCGUCUGCAGAGCUUGUCGGCGACCCCCCGCACGAGCGGCCUGGCUGGUACUCGGUCUACGACGAGCUCGCCCUCGCCGAGUCGUGGCUCCUCUCGCACAGCCUCCCGCCCUCCACGCGCCGCCCAGCGGCGCGGCCGUUGCACGGAGGGCACGCUAGGCUCUCCUACACCUACCGCGAGGUGGCCGAGCGGUGGCCGAGCAGCGUGGGCAGGCCGGGCGAGGCGCUGCUCCUCUGCAGCGGCGUGGCCGCCGCCGCCGCCCUCCUCCUUCGCUGCGUCUUGCGGCGCCGACACCCGCCGUCGGGCGAGCAGGUCGGGCGCGCGGACGCCGCGGAGGACAGCGAUCGGGGGCAGCCACGGUCGCCGACGCGGCGCCUCUUCUUCCGGCGCGGCCACCGGACGGUCUCGCCGAGCUGCGACCCGCUGCUCGGCUACUCGUCGCAGGACGAGGUACUGUGA